AUGGCCUCAAAAUCCAAUCACAUCCGAUCAAACAGUUUUCCUAGCAGAUCACAUCCUGCAACUCUUAGAGUUGAACAAGUUUUGAACAAAAUCAAAACAUCUGAACUCUCAUCAGUUACAUCCGAGUCGAUCUGCUAUGGACUAUGCAGAUUGGCAGAGUUGUAUCAAUGCAUGGAUGAUCUUCUCAACUUAUCCUCCACCAUUCAAUCCCUGUCUCAGCAAAACAGCCAGAAAUUCGACAACGAGUUCCUGGAUGGAUCGAUGAAAAUCUUGGACAUUUGUGGUAUCACAAGGGAUAUAGUUUCACAAUUUAAGGAAAAUGUAAGAGAUCUUCAAUCUUCUCUAAGGAGAAGAAAGGGAGACUCCAGCAUUGAAUCAAGCCUGGAUAACUAUACUUGCUUCAGAAAGAAAAUGAAGAAAGAUGCCAAAAGAUCCAUUGCAGCUUUGAAACAGUUGGAUCAAGCUAACAUUGAGGAUGAACAUAUUUCUUCAGUGAUUGGAGUACUUAGAGAAGUCAAUUCAACCACCGUAGCUAUUUUCCAAUCAAUCCUGAUUUUCUUGUCUGCUCAGUCAAAAUCAAGCAAAUGGAGAUUGGUUUCAAGAUUAGUACACAAGGAAAGUGAGGAAAGAUCACAAAAUGAAUUGGAAGAAGUAGAUUCAGCACUAAAGAGCCUAUGCGGAAAUGAUCAAAGUCAAAUCCAAUUUGUUCAAAACAGAUUGGAGAGCGUAGAGGCUAGAAUUGAUGGUAUUGAGAGUGGAUUGGAGAGCUUGUUUAGAAAGAAAAUGAAGAAGGAUGCCAAGAGAUCCAUUGCAGCCUUGAGGCAAUUAGAUCAAGUCAUUAUUGAUGAAGAGCAAAAUUCUUCAGUGAUCAGAGUACUCAGGGAAGUUAAUUCAACAACCGUUUCAAUUCUUGAAUCAGUCUUGAUUUUCUUGGCUGCUUCUAAGCCAAAGUCAAGCAAAUGGGCGGCAUUGGUUUCAAGAUUAGUGAACAAUAGCAAAGUGGGAUGUGAAGAUCAAGAAUCCCAAAAUGAAUUGGAAAGUGCAGAUUCAGCCCUUCAGAGCCUGUGCACAAAUGAUCAAAGUGAAACUGAAAAGAUCCAAUUUAUUCAAAACAGAUUGGAGAGUUUAGAUGCUAGCAUUGAUGGUAUUGAGAAUGGAUUGGUGGGAUUGUACAGGUUGUUGAUCAGAUCAAGAACCUCUCUACUCAACAUUUUCUCGUGCUGA